UUCGCGAGCUCCCUCCCUCCGGCCCGGCGGCAGCCCAUCCAAUCCACAGCCACCCACCUGGCCGCUCCACGCCGCACUGCACACAUCACCCGUGCCAUCUCGCCUCGCCUCGCCUGCCCCAGUCCACCUGCCCCCGUCCACUUCCUCGAGCACCUCGUGGCCAGCGCGGCGGGCCGGCGGGAGGGACCGUGGGGGCAUGGAGGAGAGCGGCGCGAGGGCGGCGGUGGUGCGGCGCCUGAUGGCGGCGAAGGCCGAGUCCGGGAAGAGCUUCUCGGACGUGGCGGCCGAGACGGGGUUCACCAACGUCUACGUCGCGCAGCUGCUGCGGCGCCAGGCGCAGCUCAAGCCGGACACGGCGCCCAAGCUCAGGGCGGCGCUGCCCGCGCUCACCGACGAGCUCAUCGGCCUCAUGAUGCAGCCGCCGUUCCGGUCCUACCACCCCGACAUCGUCCAGGAGCCCGCCAUAUACAGAUUGAAUGAAGCUGUCAUGCAUUUUGGAGAGAGCAUCAAGGAAAUCAUCAAUGAGGAAUUUGGUGAUGGAAUCAUGUCGGCCAUAGAUUUCUACUGUUCAGUUGACAAGGUUCAAGGUGCUGACGGCAAAGAUCGUGUGGUGGUCACAUUUGACGGGAAGUAUCUGCCUUACACUGAACAGAAAUCUGAACAUAUGAUGUCAAGGCCGGCCCGCAACACAUCUUGAGACGGUUGGUGACAGCGAGAAAGAUUCUUUUACGACAUGGAGCUACCAUGCAGCAAUUUGGGUUUGGAAAGGGUCGAGCUUGCCUUUUUUUCCCCCUCCAAAUAAUCAACGAAAACAAACAGCCCUGAACUGAUAAAGCCUGGUUUUACCCUUGUUAGCUUUACAGGUAGGCCGAUAAUAAAGAAUAAACAUAUGGUUGUUGGACUGCAUUGAUGAUGCCAGAAUUUAAAAUAAAUAAAUAAGAAUUUGUUUAUGUAUGUA